CCUGUUUAAAUCCUACGGAAAGACAAAUCGCUGCGAACCACAAAUAAAGCUUAAUAAUAGUCUAAAAAAAAGUCUCAAAUAUACUUGACUGUAAAACUUUCCACUGAGACAAUUGUUCAAAUACUAAGAGCGUAAAUAAAGAUUUCUGGUUAAAUCAACGAAUCGGCCAAAAUUAGCGAUACUUUUCCUAUAAAAAGCUGUAUGCUGUGUGUGAUUGGAAAGUAGUUUUCGCAAUAACUUCUAAGACUCAAGUUCAAAAUGCGUUCGCUGAUUGUCUUCGCUCUGUUGGCCUUCUUGGCUGUUGCCUUUGUGGCUGCCCGUCCUGCUGAGGAUGAGGAAUCCUCCUCUUUGGCUGUGGUGGAAAUUCCUGCUUUGGAUUCGACCAACAAUGGCGAGGAAACUUCCGAAGCUUCUGCCGUUGAGGAUGAGUCUACCACUGGUGCUUCGGUCGAAAAGCACAUUCGUCCCUUCUGGCCCAGGUUCGGAGGUCACGGUCCAGUUGUGAUCAGGCGUCAUCCUGGUUUUGAAACCAUCCUACCAGUUCUAUAAACUUGU